AGUCAGCAAAAAUCUCAGUGAGAUUUGCAACCUCCAGAGGCAAGACUCCUACAAACACACGGACUCAACUACAAAGUUUAGUGGUGGAUUUUAAUCAACCAUGACGUCAAAGGACGUAGAUAGAGCGACAGUGUUUUUGACGACCAAAGUGCGCACAUCACUGAAAUCGGAUGGCUGCUGGAUCCAAAGCCAAGAAUCAAACACAGAGGACAAACCUAAGCUUCGCGUAACACUUGAAAGAAAAAAAUCCGAAAUGAAUUCUGUAGACACCAUCUCCAACACCAACAACAGUGAUGUGAGCCCAAAACCUGUCAAAUCUCCAGCAGGACGCCAGAGGUCCUACAUUCUUGCAGCUCUCAAGAAGUUUGAGUCUGCUGAGGAACAGACUGGCUCUCCAGGAAAAAGCCCAUCAUACUAUGCUAAAAGGGUGACUGUCGCAAAUGAUGCAGAGGCCGAUACCACUUUGGCUAAGAGCAGUGUGGAGGUUUCUGUGAAUGGAGGUACUACUGAAAAGGAAGAAAACCCUGUGACCCCAGUAGUGGAUCCAACACAAUCAAUCUCAAACACAUCUACUGAUCCAGAAGAAGAGGCAGAUGUAAAGACUCCUGAAGAUGUAACUGCUGUAGCUGCAGUUGGGUCACUUGCGAAGGAAGAAACUCCAGCUCAAACAUCUGUAGAGACAGCUCCAGAUACUGUCACACCUGCUGAGACAGCUCUAGAAGUUCCUACUGCCACAUCUGUGGUGACAGGUCCAGAAGUUCCUGCUGCCAUACCUACUGAGACAGCUCCAGAAGUUCCUACUGCCACAUCUGUGGUGACACGUCCAGAAGUUCCUGCUGCCAUACCUACUGAGACAGCUCCAGAAGUUCCUGCUGCCAUAUCUACUGAGACAGCUCUAGAAGUUCCUACUGCCACAUCUGUGGUAAAAGGUCCAGAAGUUCCUGCUGCCAUACCUGCUGAGACAGCUCCAGAAGUUCCUGCUGCCAUACCUGUGGAGACAACUCCAGAAGUUCCUGAUGUCACAGCCAUCAAAAUUCCUGCUGCUGCACCUGUAAAGGCGGCUACAGAAGUACCUGCAGCUAUAGCUGUUGAAGUUCCAGUGAAGGCAGCCCCUGAAGAUCCUGCUGUUACCCCUGCAGAGUCAGUUCCAGAGGUUCCUGCAGUCACAGUUGUGGAUGUAGCCCCUGAAGUUCCUGUAGACACACCUGCAGAGUCAGUUCCAGAAGUUCCUGAUGCUGUUCCUGUAGAGACAACUCCUGACACAGCUGUGGUUUCAACUGCUGAGGUUCCUGCAGCCACAGCUGGGGAUGCAACUCCUAAAGUUCAUGAAGUACCUGUGGAGGUUGCGCCAGGAGUUCCUGUAACAUCCACAGAGGUCGCUCCUGAAGUUCUUGCUGUCUCAUCUGUAGAUGCCCCUGAGGCUGUUGUGCAAACUCCUGUCACUGCAGAUGCCGAGGCACUGGUUGAAACAACUCAAGAUGCACCUGUAGAAGCAGUUUCUGAAGUUGGUCCUGUGGAGGUGGUAGCCACAGCUACUGAAACAUCUGCAGAUGCAAAUAUAGUGGUCGUACCUGAAGCAUUUGCAGAUGAAACUGUAGAGGCCAUACUUGAAACACCUGCAGCUCCAACCAUAGAAUCAGCAGACAAAACUCUUGAAGAAACACCUAAAGAGGCAAAAGUUGAAUCACAAGUGGUGGCACCUACAGAGUCAGCAGCUGAAGCACCUGAAGAAGCACCUGUAGAGUCAGUGGCUGCAACACCAGAAGAAGCCCUGGUAGAGUCUGUGAUUGCAACACCUGAAGAAGCCCCUGUAGAGUCAGUGAUUGCAACACCAGAAGAAGUACCUGUACAGUAUGUGAUUGCAACACCUGAACAAGUACCUGUAUACUCAGUAUACUCAGUAGCUGAAACACCCAAAGCUGCAUCUGUUGAGGUGGUUACAGAGACCAUGGACAAAGCCCCUGAGGCUGCUCCUGAAGAGGUUGUGGCUAAAACCGCUCCCGUAGAAGUAACAGCACACACACCCGAGGCUGUCUCUGCGGAGGCUGCAGUCGCAUCUGUUGAGGUUGCUGAGGUGUCUGUCGCACCUGUGCUGGAGGAAACGGUGGAGUCACUGACCGAAGGAGACGCAGGCCAGGCAGAGAGCACAGAUGCCCCAGCCACAACAGUUCCUGUAGCGACAUCAGCAGGACCCUCUGACGAACCUGCCACCGACGCCUCUGAUGAAGUUAAAGAGUCCGCUUUGAGGUCAGAUGAGACAUUACCAACUGAAAAUGAAGAAGUUUCAGUGGACGCACCUGAAACAGAAGCACUCAUAACAUCCACAGAGCAACCUGUUGUAGAAACAGCUCUUAACCAAGAAAAUGUCAUCAAAUUGUCUGAGGCUUUGAAUGGGGAAUACUCUGAAAAAACUUUACAAGACCAAAGUAAAGUUGAAGAGAAGACAACCAUUAUUUCAGGUCCAUCUGUGUGCACUCAUUGUAAUGAGUUAAUUACUGGUAAUGUCAGAAUCACCGUUGACUCCCUUGCAAUCUGCUGCCACCUGGAGUGCUUCAAGUGUGGGAAAUGCCAGAAGAAUUUAGGUGAUCUGGAUUUAAGAAUGUUCAAUCAUGAAGCAGCCAUAAUCUGUGAAGAAUGCUUUGAUGCAAUCUACCACAUUGAACCAUAACAUUUGUUCAUAUCCUAAAUGAACCAUCACGUGUGAUCAUAUCGAAAAUGAAACAUCAUGUUUGAUCAUUUCCCAAAUGAACCAUCACGUUUGAUCAUAUUGAAAAUGAGAAAACAGAAAAAUGAGGCACUCCUGAUAAAUAUAAAAAGCCUUUAAUCAAAAUUGGCUACAUCCCAACGCGUUUCAACUACAGUUUUCAUCAGGGCAUCAUAUUGAAAAUGAAUUGAAAAUCACAUUCGAUCAUAUUGAAAAUGAAUCAUCACAUUUGAUAAUUUCCUAAAUGAACCAUCACAUUUGAUCGUAUCCUAAAUGAACCACGUGUGAUCGUAUCCUAAAUGAACCAUCACGUGUGAUCAUAUCCAGAAUGAACCAUUACAUUUGAUCAUAUCCUAAAUGAACAGUCACGUGUGAUCAUAUCCAAAUCUAAUGAGGCUGUAAUGGGAGCAUGUAAACCAAAGCUGCUAAAUGCACCCUGAACAUCAUACUAACUAGCCUAAUGUUGUUUUUUGUGACAAUACGUAUAAUGUUUAGGUAUGUAUACUUUUUGUUUGGCCGUUUUUUAUUACAAUGCUUAUUGUUUAAUGUUUUGGUAUGUAUGAUGCUUAUUUUCAAUGUUAUAUAUAUAUAUAUACAUAAUGUGUGUUUGUUCAUAUAAUGACAGAAGUUUACACUCAUCUUAGUCACAAAAUAAAAAAUCAAUGAGCAUUAUGUUAAUGA